AUGAGUCAAGCGCUCACGGCUCUAAAGCUAAUAGAGGCACCUUCUUUAAAUGCUCUUGCACGAGAGAUCUUACAAGAGGAGUCAAAUGUGCAACCUGUGCGUUGUCCGGUGACAGUAUGCGGAGAUAUUCACGGCCAAUUCCACGAUUUGAUGGAGUUAUUCAGAAUCGGCGGUAGCUGCCCGAACACGUCCUAUCUAUUCAUGGGCGAUUACGUUGACCGAGGCUACUACUCUGUCGAAACUGUUACUCUCUUGGUCACCCUCAAGAUCCGCUUCCCAAAUCGCAUAACCAUCCUCCGUGGUAACCACGAAUCCCGUCAAAUCACCCAGGUCUACGGCUUCUACGACGAAUGUCUCCGAAAAUAUGGCAAUGCAAAUGUCUGGAAAUACUUCACAGACCUCUUCGACUUUCUCCCCUUGACCGCAUUAAUCGAUAAUCAGAUCUUCUGCUUGCAUGGAGGACUAUCUCCGAGCAUCGAUACGCUUGAUAAUAUCCGAGCGUUGGAUCGAAUUCAAGAAGUUCCACAUGAAGGCCCCAUGUGCGAUUUGCUAUGGAGUGAUCCUGAUGAUCGAUGCGGGUGGGGAAUUUCGCCAAGAGGUGCUGGAUACACAUUCGGGCAGGAUAUCUCCGAAGCGUUCAACCAUAACAAUGGGUUGACGCUCGUUGCCAGAGCACAUCAGUUGGUUAUGGAGGGAUACAACUGGUCGCAAGAUCGUAACGUUGUUACGAUAUUUUCUGCACCAAACUAUUGUUACAGAUGUGGUAACCAGGCUGCGAUCAUGGAAAUUGAUGAACAUCUUAAGUAUUCAUUCUUGCAAUUUGACCCAUGUCCGAGAGCCGGGGAACCGAUGGUUUCAAGGCGAACACCUGAUUACUUCCUCUAA